AUGAGAAAAGUACGACCGGGGAAGAUGCUGGUCAGGUCAUCACUGCUGAACACUAACAAACUGAACCUCUUGAGGUUUGCCCCUGGGGAUCACACGUGACACUCCUGCAUCCGGACCGAAAUGCUGUUUGGGACCUGGCGUAAACCUGCUUCCCUGAAGGUCAACUACAACCUGCCCAUGCACAAGAUGACCAACACAGACCUGAGCAGGAUCCUGAAGAGUGAGGAGAUCCAGAAAGCACUUCGUACACCUAACAAGAAGAUCAACCGCAGAGUACUGAAGAAGAAUCCUCUGAAGAACUUGAGGAUAAUGCUCAAACUGAACCCUUAUGCCAAGACUGCCAGACGUCAUGCCAUCCUUAGACAUGACCCUGCGAUAAGAACCUAAACUCUGUGACCUGGAGGCAAAAAUUG